GGGCAUCUUAUGGAAAUAGCAAAUUGACUUGGCAUUUUUCCAUAACAGCCCUUUUCUCCAUUCAUGAAAAAGUAUUGGUCACUGCAGCAAGAUUACUAACCCUCAAUACAACAUACCGGGAUGGACGAAAUAUCUCCAAUCGACCCCGAUUAUUUACCGCCGUGGUAUGGUGAAUUGAAUCCAGCAAAUAAUAGAGGUAUGUUAGGAUGCAUUUUGGCAGACUAUAGCUGUAUGAUGUCGAAAAGAGACCUCAAACAGAAUGCGAGUUUGUUAUUCAUCAAAGUCUAGAGCAUGCAUGGAAGGUUGGCGUGAUGUCAUAAGACGAUGUAUCGUAUUGGUGCGGGGAGAAUGCUUCUUCUUUGUAUGGAGGUGAAUAUUUAAGAUUGAGAAAAUCCUCAAGAUUUUGCAAUUACCAUACACAGUUCAGUCUACUCUUAUCUCCAACGAUCAUCAUAUAAAUCGCAAUAGUGAUAGCAAAAAACAAUGUCAACACCAACACCUCAUCCUCAACAUGGCGUUCCAUGUGGUACCAGUACACCACGACCAGGUCUUCUUAACACACCUGCACCUGGUGUCCCCUUCUACACCCCUCUCCAAAGUCCCCCCUCAGGCACAGCCCUCCAUCCCAGUCCUUCAACCCCCAAACUCUUCACUCCUCUCAAAAUCCGCUCUCUCACUCUUCAAAAUCGCAUUAUGCUCUCUCCAAUGUGUCAAUACUCCGCUUCCAAUGGCCACUUCACUCCCUGGCACAUGGCUCAUCUAGGCGGCAUUAUCUCCCGCGGCCCGGGUCUCUCAAUGGUAGAAGCCACCGCUGUUUUACCCGAAGGACGAAUCACCCCUCAAGACAGCGGAUUAUGGUUAGACUCGCAAGGCGACAAACUACAAGAAGUUGUCCAAUUCGCUCAUUCCCAAGGCCAACUAAUCGGAAUCCAAUUAAGCCACGCCGGGCGAAAAGCAAGCAUGGUAGCCCCAUGGCUCGACCGCGCCGCCGUCGCAACAGAGGAUGUAGGCGGCUGGCCCAGCAAAGUCAAAGCACCAAGCGCUCUUCCCUUCGAUGAUCAUCAUUGCACACCUUCUGCCAUGACACUUGACGAUAUCCAGGAAUUUAAAAACGCAUGGGCUGCUUCUGUGAAACGCGCAUUGAGAGCUGGAUUCGACGUGAUAGAAAUCCAUAAUGCGCAUGGGUAUCUCCUUCACGAAUUCGUGUCUCCGGUUUCGAAUAAACGGGUGGAUAUGUAUGGCGGGAGUUUCGAAAAUCGUAUUCGUCUGACCCUUGAGAUUGUGGAACUUACAAGAAAUAUUAUUCCAGAGGGAAUGCCGCUUUUUCUACGGAUUAGUGCGACUGAUUGGUUGGAUUAUGAGGGGUUUGCAGAGGAGAGUUGGACGGUGGCGGAUUCGGCGAGGUUGGCGGGGAUACUGGCGGAUAGGGGGGUGGAUUUGUUGGAUGUUUCAUCGGGGGCCAAUCAUCCGAUGCAGAGGAUUGUGGCGGGAUUGGGGUAUCAGGCGCCGUUUGCGAAAGUGAUUAAGAGGGCUGUAGGGGAGAGGUUGUUGGUUGGGUCCGUGGGGAUGAUUGGGUGUGGGAGGCAGGCGGAGAGGUUGUUGAUGGGGAGGGGUGGGGAGAGAGGGGUGGAUGGGGGGGAAGAUGGAGAGGGAGAGGGGGGAGGGACGGAAUUGGAUUUGGUGAUUGUGGCGAGGGGGUUUCAGAAAAAUCCGGGGUUGGUCUGGGAGUGGGCGGAGGAGUUGGGGGUUAGGAUUAUGGUGGCGCAUCAGAUGAGGUGGGGGUUUAGGGGGAAGGCGGGGGGACAUUAG